UUUUAUUUUUAUUUCUAUUCUUACUUUUUAUGCUAUAUCUUAUUUUUUCUCUCUCGUAUUUGGAACUGUGACUUUCGAGCCAAGGGUCUUUCGGAAACAACCUCUCUAUCUCCAUGAGGUAGUGGUAAGGUCUGCGUACAUCCUACCCUUCCCAGAACCUACUUGUGGGAUUCCACUGGAUUGUUGUUGUUGUUGUUGUUCUGUGUUACAGCAGCUGUCUAGUUGAUAGGUUAUCAUCACUCACAAGCCUGAUAUAUUUUCAUGGAAAGGAACUGCGGAUGACCGAUUUAUUGUUAAGUCAGGCUAUCAAUUUCUCUCCAGUAACAUUUCUCCUAAUUCAGUCUGGCCAUAGAAAAGAAUCUGGAAUGGUGCUGCACCAGAAAAGGGUCAUGCAAAAGAAACCUCAAGGCAGCGAAUCAGACAAACAGAACACUGUAACAUUACCGACAACAUUGAUAUAUAAAGUUCGGAUUCCUCGAUGCUGCACUUCAUUGUGGCUUCUGGCAUUGGAGAUAUUCUCUUCCUCUUUUCAGAUAUCUUUACUGUAAGUGAACUUGCGGGAGUCUCACAGUACAGCUUUCUGAAGCCUUGACAGAUCAUGGCCAUUAUGUCAAUCGUGCGUGAAUUUUUUUCAAGCCCAACAAGAAUGUCCUCCGUCGUUCUGACUAUCCUAGCUAUAAUCCUCUAUGCUAUAAGCCCCCCUGAUGACUCAUGGUUUGUUGUGGGUGCCAUUGCUGUACAUGUUGUUCCGGUGAUAUUAGUCGUUAUGAUAUAUGAAAUUUGUUCUAUACGUCAAGCUCGAGACAGAGCAAGGAGUGCAUCCGUUAACCAGUUGAUUGGUUGUGAUGCACCCCAGCACUAUGUGCCUUCAUUAGAAGCAUUUCCCACCAGAAGACGAUUGCAAGACCUGAGGCUCCAAGUUGCUCUUCUAAACCGUGAAAUUGAUGAGUUUGAACACCUUACCUACGGAGAGUUGUCUUCUGCUAAUAUCUUUGGAAUUCCUUCCAUGAAUGACAAAGAGAUAAAUAAUUUACCUGUUCACAAUUGCAAAGGCACUGGUCUAGAGAGUGAGAAUGCACCACCGAAACAAGCCUCGUCUUCUUUAGCCUCAACCUCAGCCUCAGCCUCAGCCUCAGCCUCAGCCUCAGCCUCAGCUUCGGAAUCUUUGGCGAUAGGUAUGCCAGACGACAAUGGUUCAUCUGAUGAAUUGCUAUGUAACAUUUGCUUGGAGCCAGUUAUGGAAGGAGACCUUGUUUGUUGCUUUCCAUGUAUCCAUCAGUUUCAUGCUGCAUGCCUUGAUAAAUGGCUCGUGCUGAGUGCUUCGUGUCCAGUCUGCAACUUAUGCUGAAGACAGGAAGGAUAUGAAUCGUGCUCGAUGGAUAAGUGACUACUAUGAAAUGGUCUGAGGACUUAAAAAGCUAAAAACUCUAAAUAAAAGAAUUCUUAUAAGAAUUCUCUAGACUUGUUGAAGCAGUAUGUAAAGUUCUAUGUAAUGGAAGUUGUGUGUAUGAAGCAGUAUGUAUGUAUUUGAAGUUUCUCUUACUAUGAAAUUAUGUUAAAACUUGUGUUAGUA